AUGCUAACUGGAGCCCUGGGACUCGGCCGCCCUAUCACUCCACAAGUCCCACAUCAAACGGCAGCGGCGACGGCUCCGACUGUGCUUCUACAUCCAGUGGGGGUUCAAUACACCCACCCAGACCAAUACAGAGGACGGCCCUUCAAAGAUAUUCUGACCCCGAUAAGCCACAACCGUCGUGGCCGCCCCGGGCCACAUUCGAGGCCACAGUUCUUCAUGAAGUAUUUGGGAACGCUCUAG